CUACAUGUCUAGUCUAUGUGUUCUCUGGUCAGUGGUAGGAAGUACUACUUCCUCAAUACAAUGUUGUUCGUCCAAGUCAUUGUAUUGAGCGACAAAGAAUAAAUAAGUUUUGAGGCCGAGUAUAUGAAUUGCUACGUGCAAUGGAUGAUAUUUCCACAGUUGGCAGCACGACGGAAGAGCAAACUUCUUCGGAGACUGCAACAGCGACUGGAAGUGCAGCUAAAGAGAAAAGCGACAAUACCGACUCAAACUCUCCAGUGGUGACCACUGCAGCGCCACCAACAAUGGAGAUUAAAGCUGCAAGUACAAUUGGAAGUAGCAGCAACAUAUUAAAUGAAACAACCAUAACCACUACAAGCGAAGCAAUAGGAGCAAUAACGAAUCAGCAUCAACAGAAGGACAUCUAUCAACUGGAGGCUUUGGCCUCGGCAACAAUGAAGCGAUCGACAACUUCCUCAACUGAUGCAAUCAGCUAUAUUAAUGCAACAAACGAUGACACCUACAAGCCGCAGAAGCUCUUUAAAGAGCACGACUUCACUUGGCAUGCUAGCCGCCACCUGAGCAAUAGACUAAGGUGAUGGUGGCAUACUCGGUUUAUCUGGAUGUCACAUUCUCUGGGCCCUGCAGAAUGUUCAGCACGAAAAUAAGGAUUGCAAGCAUGAUCAUUUCGUCAAAAAUAUUAACAAUUAUUAUAUUUGUAUUUGUCCUAUAUCUUGUUGAGAAAUCCACAGCAGUUCUGGACGUUACACACUUUGGCCCCCCGCAGAAUGUUCAGGCAUGAACAUAUGAAUAUACAAAGAUCGUAUACAUACCUCCGACGCACUCAACGACUAGCAGGUAAUGCGCUGGGAAAAGAUAAGGGUCACAUGUACGGACUCUAUAAAUAGACAAAUGGACACCAACCUUUGCAUCCCCGGAGUCAGAUUAUGUAAGAGGCGAACGCUGAGCCUUACAUCCUCAGCUAUAGGAUAAGAAUAGCUAAUAGACACACGCGGAGCCUUACAAACUCUGCGAUAAGAUAAGAACAUGUAAUAGACCAAUGCUGAGCCUUACACAUUCAGCAAUAGACGCACUAGAUUUAAGGGU